AAUGAACCUAAAGCAUAAUGGCGUAACGUUUUACCGCGGUGUAUUGUAGGUGAACGGUGUGGAUGACGUUAUCUGAGCUAUUGCUUUAAGCAAUAUAUAAGCAACUGUUAUUAUCAGUUUCCGUCUCCUCUUGCUGUCUCGGGGAAACUUGAAAAGAAUACAACUUUGGCGUUCGUCGUGUGAUUCAUACACACAGUGGCACGCAACAAUUAACACGAACCAACACUUCUUGUAGCGAUAGCGUCCCUAUCUUUCAACCGCAAAGCACCGCGGUUAUUACAUCUGUCAUGGCUUUUGCUGCCAACAAAAUGUUGACGGGACUUGUUGCAGCUACAUUUACUCCGUUGACCACACAAGGUGAAAUCAACCUAACAGAGAUUGGCCGUUACAUUGACUACUUGACAGAGAAGCAAAGUAUAAAUAGCAUAUUUGUGAAUGGCACCACUGGAGAGAGUGUAUCUCUCAGUGUUGCAGAGAGGAAGACCUUGGCAGAGGAGUGGUGUCAGAAAGCCAAGGGAAAAAUGGAUCAAGUGAUUGUGCAUGUUGGCUGUAUGAGCCUUAAAGAUUCCCAAGAACUGGCUCGGCAUGCAGCACAGAUCGGAGCUAAUGGGAUAGCAGUCAUUGCCCCCUCCUACUUCAAGCCCAGCACUGCAGAUGCAUUGAGAACAUUCCUCCAUCAUGUGUCUUCAGUGGCUCCAGCUCUGCCUUUCUAUUAUUAUCAUAUUCCAGCUCUUACCGGUGUUGAUGUGCCCCUAAGCGAUGUGUUGGAAAAUAUUGAGGAGCUUAUUCCCUCCUUCAGAGGAGUGAAGUUCACUGGGUGUGACCUGACUGAGUUUGGCCAGUGUGUCAGCCACAGUCGGCCUCACUGGUCAGUCCUCUAUGGCAUUGACGAGCAACUUCUAGCAGGUCUGGCUAUGGGAGCCCACGGAGCAGUUGGGAGCACAUAUAACUAUUUGGGAAGUCAUGUCCACAAGCUUAUGUCAGCAUUUGAGAAAGGUGACCUUAUCAAAGCCAGGGCCAUCCAGUUCAAGAUUCAAGAGCUUCUCAGUUAUGCCAAGAAACUUGGCUUUGAUCUAGGAGUGAACAAGCAGCUGAUGAAUGACGUGUCUGGCUUGUGUCUGGGGCCCCCUCGAUCCCCUUUGAUGCCAUGUCCUCAUGCACGUGCUCUGUCCAUCAAACAGAAAUAUCAGAGCCUUUUUCCUGAAAACUGAUUUGUUUGUACUGGAUGGCUGAACCUUGCAAGUCUUUGUCAUUUUACUCUGUAGAGAGCACCUCAUUCCUGUUACACUGACUGAUGAUCCAGUUACUUUAAUAUGCUAUAUUGCUAAGUCGCAAUUCAUGCUAUGCACCAAACCUUACUGUGUUACAUUUGAACUUUUUCAACUCUAAACAAUACAGUUCCAUUUCAGCUACCUUCUGCAAACAGUUUUCUGCAAACGGUGCAAAAUAUGGUUUAUUUGCAAAGUCAAUCCAAAAUCACUUUGAAUAUUACAGUAAUUUUAACAUUUUUCCCAAUGUUUCAUCUUACGCCUUCAUCAGGGGUCAAAUAUGAUAGAAUACUUUACAGCACUGUAUAUACAUGUAUACAAAGUGUUUCAGGUUUACCUGCACCGAUGAAAAAUUGGUCUGGUUGAGGUGUUUUCUCCCGUUUAAAUGUCCUGGACCUAACUAUAAAUUCUACAGUAGCAACACAUGAUGCAAAAGGCAACCUGAUCUUUUCAUGAGUAUUCUCUAUGGACAUAUUUUCAAGAGUUAAACUUUCUCUCUGCUGUGGAAAUUUUUAAUAUUCUAAUACAUAUAUUAGUUUAGACAUUUUAUCAUUUAAUAAAGUAACUUACAUUGCCCAAGGAAGUCCAGCAUUUUUUUUUUACUACAUUUAGGAAAGUGAGGCCUGAACUCAUGUCUGAAUCUCAUUUUAGGAAUUUGAGCUCUCAGGGCCUUAUUUUUUUAAGUCUUGUAUCAACAUUAAAAGCAAUUAAAAUGAUCACAGUGGCCUACUUUAAAAAGGAAUGACUUCACUACUGCAUUGUCAGAGUCAAAAUUUCAACUUUUUGUUGUUGUUGAUUUUCCACUGAAGAUUGCCUACCUUGCACUGACAUUGACAGAAGGGGCAUUAAUACAUGAAAUCAUGUUGUGCCUAACACUGCAAACGGGAUGAAUUAAACACAAGAGGUUACAAGGGAGCAUACAAUUAUUGAAUGCAUACUUUCAGGGUGGUAUUGUAAUUUUUUUUCUUUGCAGUUUUACCAAUUGUCAGGCAUUUCUUACUAAUAAAUCUGUUAA